UGAGAAGUGGUUGGAGGUGUGAUUUCGGAGCUUUGGAGGAGCUCCUGAACGCGUCCCGUGUGCAGAUGUUGCGGGUGUGGUGAAGUUUUACGAACUCCUGGGAAUGUCUCGGUAGUGAAGGAGCCGCUGGCGCUGCUCUCUGCUCUGUUAUUAUUUCAUGUGAAGUAUCUCUGAGCUGCCUUCAGACCCCCGGCAGGAUGGAGUCGAGUAUGAUGAGGCCAGAAGUCAAAAAGAAACCAAAGCCGCCCAAACCUCCUCCGAAGCCUGUUGAGAUGAACAGAGAUGACCCAGGAAGACCCGAGAAACCAAAACCUGUGGAGAAACCGAAUCCUGUGGUGCCUCCUCGCCCGGCAGACUCUGAACUGAGUCAAACACAAUACCGGAUAAAAAGAUUAGCAGACAAUCAGACCAACGGAAACUUGAUACAAAGAGAGACAAAAGAGAAACAGUUGGAGACUCCUGUGGUUCCACCCAGACCCACAGAAAAGGAAAUGAACGCCACGACCAGAUACAGCCAUCGUAAGAGGGUCCAGGCUGAGGAAACGCAGCGCUCCAGAGAAACUGAAGUUCCUAAAGAUGAAGCAGAUUUCAAACAGACUAAUCCGUCCGUGGCUGGAAUGUUCCGACGGAGCCAAAAAGAAAAAACGCCUUCGUUCACAAGUUAUGUGACCGACUAUGAUGAAGAAGAAAAACCUGACGAUGCUCCGACUAAACAGGCUCCUGCUAGCAAACCGGGUGUUCUGAAGGGAGUAAUGAAAGGGUUACAGUUCAAGUCGUCACCGAAGGCCAACAGAGAGCCAAGUCCAGACCCCAGAACGGAGGAAGAAGGCUCAGAAAAGGAGCAGUCCGCAGAAAAAAACAAGCAGGAAAAGAGUUCAGAACCCAAACAGGACAUUGGAGGUCUGAUUGCAGGAAUGUUUCGGAAAACACCCAAAGACAGAUCAUCUUCUCCUGCGCUGACGGUUACUAAAGCAGAGAGUGAUCCUGAAGAUACAGAAGAAGAAGAGAAAACAUCUGAACAACCCAGUGAGAAAGGAGGCUUUUUCUCAGGCAUCCUUAAAAAAUCCAAACCCACAGAUGAGACACCGUCACAGGAGAAUCUGAGUGUUCAUUCUGAGCUGUCAGCCAGCAGCGACAGUCUGUCUGAAAACAACAACAAGGAAAAAGGAGGAAUAUUCGGUGGGAUGUUCAAGAAGAAACCAACAGAAGCUGCUCAGACUGAAGAGGACCGGCGGUCUCUACACAGCGAUCUAUCAAGCAGUAACGAUAAUCUGUCUGAAAACUCAAAGGAAAAAGGAGGAUUUUUCAGCGGGAUUCUCCGGAAAUCUCCCAAGAUUCCUGGAGAGACACCUGGGCAGGGCGCAGAGUCGUUACAAAGUGAACUCUCUACCAGCAGCGACAGCCUGUCAGAGAACAAGGAGAAAGCUGGUUUGUUCAGCGGACUCCUUAAAAAGACUCCCAAAACAACCACAGAGGAGAAUCUGUCGGCACAGAAAGAUCUCUCAGCCAGCAAUGACAGUCUGUCUGAGGCCACAAACACAAAGGAGAAAAGAGGUGCGUUCAGUGGAAUUUUCAAGAAGUCGUCCAGACUUGCAGACGCUCCAAACACAGAAGAAGAAAAACAGUCAGAAGACGAUGAGCUGUCAGUCGGCAGUGAAGGAGCGUCUGAGGAAAACACUAAGGGAAAAGGAGGAAUAUUUAGCGGAAUAUUCAAGAAGGCUCCAAAACCUGCAGAAGCUGCUCCUGACGAGGAUGAGUCUCCUGAUAAAGAUCUCUCAGCCAGCAACGAGAAUUUAUUUGAGAACAAACAGGAGAAAGGAAAGCUGUUCAGUGGACUCCUCAAAAAGACUCCCAAAGCGUCGGGAGAAAGGACAGACGACAGAGAGACGCAGAAAGAGCUGUCGGCAAGCAACGACGAUCUGUCUGAGAAUAACACUACAAAGGAGAAAAAUAUUUUCAGCAACAUGUUCAAGAAGCCUCAGAAACCAGCAGGGGGCGCUGAAGCAGACAAGGAGCUGAACAGUGAAAAUCAAUUAUCAGGUAGCUGUGAGAAUCUGUGUGACGCCACCGUCCCGAAGGAGAAAAAAGGAGGCCUGGGCGGCAUAUUCAAACGAUCAGCCAGCAUCGACAACCUGUUUGACGAGGAGAAAGGUGGACUAUUCAGUGGACUUCUCAAGAAAACACCCAAAGCGUCUGGAGAGGAGGAAGCUGCAGAGGACAAAGACUCACAGAAGGAGCUGUCAGCAAGUAACGACAGUCUGUCUGAAAACAGCAACACUAAGGAGAAAAGUAUUUUCAGCGGGAUAUUUAAAAAGACUCAAAAACCAGCAGAGGAGACCACAGCAGAUGAGGACACAAACACAGGCGAGGAUAAGAAGCUAUCAGCCAGUUGUGAAAAUCUGUCGGAAGAAAACACAUUGAAGGAGAAGACUGGAGGUUUUGCAGGGAUCUUUAAGAGGUCUCCUAAACCGGCUCCUCGCUCUAUCGCUGCCAAGGAUCCUCUCAGUAGCACAAAGGAACUGUCCGCCAGCUGCGACAGCCUCACAGAAUAUAACAAGGAUGAUCUGUCAGCAGAUGAGCUGUCAGCCAGUAACGAUAAUCUUUCUGAAGCUGGAGGCGCCACAAAGGAGAGAAAAGUUGGGUUUGCUGGGAGGUUCAGGAGGACGCCCAAAACAACUGAACAACAGGAAAGUGAGGACGCGGAGCCGCCACAGGGAGGCGGGCUGAAACGCAGGAGGACCAUCAAGAAGAAGAGACGAGUUGUUUCAUUCCGAGUCAAGAAAACUCUUCCCAAAAUACCCAAACUUAACUUGUCAUCACAGACUUCAGACAAGAUGGCUGCCAUUGAGGAGGCUGUGGAGCUGCAGGAUCUGAACUCAGCACAGGAGAGCACGGUGGAGGUCCAGCCUGUGGAGAUGGCAGCUUAUCCUACUGAAGACAGCGCGCUGGAGACUGAGCAGGAAAAUGAUGAAUUGACGGAGUGGUGGAACACAGUCAAAGGUUGGGGGGAGUGGAACGAGACGUCUAAUUUCCAGGAGGAGGAUCAGGAAAUGGCGAUGGAGCAGGCAGCUGAUCGUAUCUACAUGGGAGCCCGUCUGUUUGUGCAUCUUUUCAACCAGCGGGGGGCGUCCUUACAGCAGGUCAUCCUGGAGCUUUUGGCUCUGGCCGACGCCGCCGAUCAAUUCCACAAGAAAACGGUAACGGCCGCUGUGGGCGGAGGGGUGGCCAGUGUCGCCGGCAGCGUGGCCACCAUAACGGGGCUCAUUCUGGCUCCUUUCACUUUUGGUGCUUCUGUUAUCGUCACGGCGGUGGGCAUCGGUGUGGCGACAGCGGGCAGCAUCACCUCGGCAACGGCCAAUAUAACAGAUACGGUUCACUCCAACAUGGACCGUAAGAAGGUGGAGAAGAUGAUUCAGGACUAUCAGGAGAAGAUCAAAGACAUCAGAGAGUGUUUGGAGUUCGUACAGGAAGGUAUGGACACCCUGCAGGAGUGGGACUUUGAGAAAUACUCACAGAGCGCUGCCAAAAAGGCUCUGAACCACAAUAUCAAGCACGUGAUGAAGGAGGGAGGGCGCGCUGGGAAAGCCCUGAUGAUCAACACCGACAAGCUCAUCAGCACCGUGCAGGUCCUGGGCGCUGCAGGCGGCGCCGCCAAAGCCGCCCAGGCCAUCAGCGUCACUACAGGGGUGAUGUCGGCUCUCUUCCUCGCUCUGGAUGUCUUCUUCCUGGCGAAGGACUCCCACGAGCUCCGCAAGGGCGCCAAAACUAAAUUCGCCACCAAGGUUAGGGAUGUAUGUAAAGACCUUCAAGACGGUCUCCUGGAGCUGAACAAAGUGAAGACGCAGCUGCAGAAGACGAUGGACGGCAUCGAGGUGGAGGAGUACGAGGAGAUCGAGGAGGUGGAGGUGGAGGUCGACGACGAUUUUGAGUCGGAUCCAAAGAAGUUGGCCGAGCUGGAGAAGGAGCUGGACCUCCUGGAGGAGAAACUGGACAAGAAGGUCGUGGAGGAGCAGAAGAAGAGCAAAGAGACGGAGAAGGAAAAGGAAGCGAAGAGCAAGAAGGAGAAAAAUCAGGAGAAGAGCACUAAGGAAAAAGGAGAGCCGGAGGAGAAGAAGGAGAAGGAGGCGGGAGAAAAUGAUGCGAAGAAGGAAAGUAAGAAGGAAAAAGGUGGCAGAGACAGUAAGUCUGAGCUGGAAUCAGAGAAGAUUCCUGAUGAAGACAAAGAACAAAACAACAAGACAAGUGGCAAAGCAGUAAAACCAACAAAAGACGACGUUUUUAAAGAACAAUCUCAGAAAGGAAGCAAAAAGGACAAAGAAACUGAAAACCGAAUAACAGCUGGAAAAGAGAAAUUAGAGAGUAAGCGAGACAAAGCAAAAGAAGAUACCGGCACAAAUAAAACGACAGAUAAGAAGCAGAAAGAGAAAGAUGAGGCUGGAAAAGUACAGGAGGACGUUACGAGCGGAACGAAUUUGGGAAAUUCGGAAAGGGUCCGAAGCGAGAGGGAAAGUCAAAGAAGCAAGAGCAGCAGAGAAGAAGAAAGAGGAACGAGCGGAAGGGCUGACUGGAAAGUGGAGAAGAAGGAGGUGGAGAGCGGGAGCACGAGGAGGCACAGCAGCAGGAGCGACACAGACAAGGAGAGGAGCGACAGAGGGAGCAAACACGAAACGAGAGAAAGCGACAAAGACAGAGGAAGCAGCGGCAGACGAAAAGAAAGCGACACGACCGAGAGCCGGAGGAGGGGAGAGGAAGAGAGGGGAGUGAGGGACUGGAGAGCAGAAAUGACGAGAAGUAAAGAAGAGAAGAGAGAAAGCAAAGACGGAAAGGACUCUAAGAGAGAGACAGAGAGGGGGGUGAAAAGAGAGGAUCACAGGAAAGGCGACGCGAAGAGAGAGUCGCAUCAAAGUCACGAAACGGCGUCGAGGAGGGAGCGUUCGGAAAGAGAGCAGGGGAGCAGCCGGGAGGAGUCGAAGAGCAGUCACUACAGGAGAGAGACGGCCUCGCACGACGAGCGCAGGGAGAGAGGAGAAGAGAAGCGAGGGAGCAAGGUCGAGAGCGCGAGGAGGCAGUUUGAGAGAGGAGGUGGCGGUGAGGAGGAGGAGGAGGAGGAGAGAGGGAAGAGGAGAGAGGACGGAGAGAGUCGGAGGAGAGACAGAGAGCACGAACACAGCCGCCGAGGAUCUCGCUCUCGCUCCAACGCUCUGCUGGAUGACGGACUGUAUAUCUAG